AUGCGGGAGAGUAAAUUCGUGGUGCUGGGUGCGGGAGGGGUGGGGAAGACAAGCCUCGUGCUCCGCUUCUUGGACGAUGUGUUCAGCAGCACGUACAAGCCGACUGUGGAAGAUUGCUACCAGCACACCAUUCAAUUGCCAGACGGCAUCUCACAUACGGUGGAGAUCCUGGACACGGCUGGCUCGCAUCACUUUCCUGCCAUGCGGGAAUUGAGUAUUCGCUCAGGCCGAGGAUUCCUUCUCGUCUAUUCCGUCGACAGCUUACAAUCCUUCCGGGAGGCAGCGCAGCUGUUCGCCCUCAUACAAGAAAUAAGGGGUGCCCAGGUGCCUGUGGUGAUCGUGGGGAACAAGUGCGACCUCGAGAUCCACCGGCAAGUGCCCAGAGAGAUGGCCGAAAAGGAGGUCGCUGAGAAUAUGGAAGGCUGCGAGUUCUUCGAGGCUUCGGCCAAAUUCGACACCAAUGUGAAGGAGGUGUUCCUCAAGCUGCUGCAGAUGGCCCGGACCCUAGAGGAGGCGCAGGAGGCGUUGCUGGAGGAGCAGGAUCUUUUCAGGAGGAAGAGCAGGAGGUUGUCUAAGAGACUGAGCCGGAAACUUUCCUGUUUCAACAACAUGGCAUUCGCCCUCAAGAAGAACCCCUCUCCCGAGCACAGCGCCGCACCUGAACCCGCCAAAGAGAGGGCCAGGAAUCUCAAGGACAUCCAGAAAUGCGUGCUCAUUUAA